UACUUGUCAUUUGUCAGUCAGUUCGUGUUAUGCUUAUUGGAGUUGUGGUCGUCUAUAAUUUGUAUUGUAUUAUGUGUAAUUGUUAGUUUUAAUAAAAUCAUUUAUCUAUUUUUUGCUCUAAAAACUGUUCCAAUUAAAUAUAAAAAUAAAACAGCAUCAAAAUGGUUAGUGGACGUGCGUUACAUUUCGUCUUUAAAGUCGCCGACAGAACACUUACAGCAAAAUUUUACAGAGAAGUUCUUGGAAUGAAGGUACUUCGCCAUGAGGAGUUCAGUGAAGGUUGUGAGGCUGCCUGUAAUGGACCAUAUGCUAAUAGAUGGAGUAAGACCAUGGUUGGUUAUGGACCAGAAGAUAAUCAUUUUGUAGUUGAGCUGACAUAUAACUAUGGAAUCACACAUUAUGAGCAAGGAAAUGAUUUCCGAGGCAUAACAAUACAGUCCAGUGAAGCAUUGAAGAGGGCUGCGGCUAAUAACUGGCCGGUUAAGGAAUCUGAUGGACUUAAGUUUGUUGAAGCACCCGGUGGAUACAAGUUUUAUAUUAUUGACAAACCUCAACCUACAGAUAAAGAUCCAGUGCAGCAGGUGUCACUGUCUUGCUCAAACCUCACUACAUCUGUGGAAUACUGGAAUGGUCUUCUUAAUCUCAAGAUAUUUGAAAAGAAAGAUAAAUCUGCUGUCUUGGGCUUCGGAGACGAUCAAGCUAAACUGGAACUAGUUGAUAUUGGUGAACCAGUAAAUCAUGCGAAAGCGUACGGUCGUAUCGCGUUCUCUUGUCCGUUCGACGAGCAGCCGAUUAUAGACGAGAAGGUGCGUGCAGCGAACGGAAAAAUCCUUACUCCCCUGAUAUCGUUGGACACGCCGGGCAAGGCCACCGUGCGCGUCAUCAUCCUCGCAGACCCCGACGAUCAUGAGAUCUGCUUCGUGGACGACGAGAGCUUCCGUCAGCUGUCCCAAGUCGAUCCCAAUAGCGACGCCGACCUCGACAAAUACAUCAAAGCUGAUAAAUCCAGAGCAUAAUUGUUUUCAUCCAGCAUAUAAAAGUGUAAGAGCGGGCGCAUACAUUUGACUAAAUUAUCGCACAACUGUUGUGAUUGGCGAUUGUCGAUUGUUUCGCAGUCUUCAAAUGUUUAGUUGCUCAACUAAAAAUCUUGUAAUUUGCGCCUCCAUAUAAGCUCAUAGCAAUCCAAAGAAGACUAAACAGUUGUGCGAUAGUUUAUUUAAAGUUGUGCGUUCGCUCUAAGAAUAUCAUAAUGUCAUGUCAAAUCGGAGCCCUAAAAUGUCGCAUGACUAAACUAAACAAUUUUUUUGUCGAACUGUCCAAAAUCUAAUAUACAUUUAAAUGUAGAUAGUGACAAAUAAAUGCCUAUGCUGUAAUUUAAUAAACUCUCAAAAUUUGACGAAAAAUUUGUAUACCGGCUAUAUUUUUAUUUUAUAAUAGCGCCAUCUAACGUAAACUUUGUUAGCUUUACUUUAAAUGGCGCGGUUUUAAUGACAUUAUGAUAUUGAUGCACUGGAUUUGUUAUUCCAUAUAUGUUUCAGUGUUUAUCUUGUAUCGAAUUUUUAUGUUGUAAUUUGUGAUAUUUAAAAUCAUAAUUAUUAUAAGCUUAACAAAAACUUUGGCAACUUAUAAAGGAUUAUAUUUAAAUGCUUGCCCUAACUUUUUUCAAAAAAAAUGUUGAUAUUAGAGUUUAACAGUAUUUCUUAUAAUCAUGUUUAUUGUUUUUAAAAAGUGUACAAUGAUUAAAAAGACAUUAUAAUGUAAAAUAUUUAUUUAAGAAUAUAAGUUAAAAUUGAUACAAAUAUUUAUGUUAAAUGUUUUCUGCCCAUUCUUUAUAAUAGUUUAAUGUGGAUGUGCACAUUUUAUGUUCUCUAAAUCCAUGUUUUCGAAUAUUCACGGUGAAAGUUUAUUAUAAGUAACAUAAUUGCUAUGAAUAAAAAUAGCGGCAUUUUAAAUACAUUAUCUUAAUCAA